CAGUGCCAGUGCCAGUGCCAGUUCGCUGCUUGUCGCAUACAGUUCGCAUAACGGCAUCUCCGGGCAUACGGCAGUACUGUUCUGUCUGUCUGUGUGUGUGUGUGUGUGUGUGUCUGCGUGUGUGUGUGAGUCUCGAAUGCGUCAGGGCUAACAUAAUAGUGUGUUGGCCCUAACAAACAAACGGCUUGGACCCAGCACUGACUGCACGACUUGAAGCAACGACGCCACAAAAUUCACACAAAUUGCAAGCCAAAUACAACUUGGGCUUACCAAGCAGCGACUAAGCGACGACUAACUGACCGACUGACCGACUGACUGACUGACUGUGAGCCGGCUGAGACGCUUAGGCCUGGCCAAUACGUGUGAACAGCGAAGUGCAACAGUAAACAAUAAAUAAAGUGAACAUGCAGCAGCAGCAGCAGCCAUAACAACAACAACAACAACAGCAGCAGCAGCAAUUAAAAAAAAAAGAAAAAAUAGCAACAACAACAAAAAAGGAAAUGUAACUGUUUUUAAACCUAAUCCAUCCACCAAAAUUUAACACAAAUACAAAUAAAAAAUAUAUAUAUGUACAUAAGUAUAUAAAAUCAGGUCAGCAACAACAACAACAACAACAACAGCAACAUGCAGUAAUAUGUGAAUUAGCUAAUAAGCGAACAACAAUAGCAAUAAUUACAAUCGACACGAAAUUAAACAAUUAAAAAUUAUUGCGUUAAAGAGAAUCAUUAAACAGAAGCAAUUCGAGCGUAAGCGAUGGUGCAACUACUGCAAUAUGUUGCAUGCAACAGCAGCAGCAACAGCUGUGCGUGGCAGCAGCGCAGCGACAGCACAAGCAAAGUCAAGCUGAAAUGCAUGCAAAUUGAAGUAACAACAACAACAGCAGCAGCAGCAGCAACUGUUGCUGAACGUUUCAUCAAAUGGUCAAGUAAACGCACAAGAACAAUAACAAGCAACAGCAGCAGCAACAACAGCAACAACAACAACACAAACACUGCCAAUAAUUUUAAUAAUAACAACAAUAGCAAUAUAAGAGAUUUGGCAGCAACAACAAAGUCAAGCGGCGGCGACUUCGGCAACAAUCGAUUGCAUUUUGUGUGGCUGCUGCUUUUGUUUUGUGCCUGCGCAUGUCCUGCCAGCAGCGAUGCACUGCGUCUCACCAAUGGCGGCAGCAGUCUGAGCAAAGCCAUUGGCGCCAACAAGGAGCAGCUCAACAUUGGUUUGAUAGCGCCGCACACGAACUUUGGCAAGCGCGAAUAUCUGCGCAGCAUUAACAAUGCAGUCACUGGUUUGACCAAAACACGCGGCGCCAAGUUAACAUUCCUCAAGGACUACAGCUUCGAGCAGAAGAACAUACACUUUGAUAUGAUGAGCCUCACCCCCAGUCCAACGGCAAUUCUGAGCACGCUAUGUAAAGAGUUCCUGCGGGUGAACGUCUCGGCCAUUCUGUAUAUGAUGAACAACGAGCAGUUUGGCCACAGCACAGCCUCGGCGCAGUAUUUUCUGCAGCUGGCCGGAUACUUGGGCAUUCCGGUGAUUUCAUGGAAUGCCGACAAUUCGGGCCUGGAGCGUCGCGCGUCGCAGUCGACGCUGCAGCUGCAGCUGGCGCCGAGCAUUGAGCAUCAGAGCGCCGCCAUGUUGAGCAUAUUGGAGCGCUACAAGUGGCAUCAGUUCUCGGUGGUGACGUCACAGAUUGCCGGCCACGAUGACUUUGUGCAGGCGGUGCGAGAGCGCGUGGCCGAGAUGCAGGAGCACUUCAAGUUCACCAUACUCAACUCGAUUGUGGUGACGCGCACCAGCGACCUGAUGGAGCUGGUGAACAGCGAGGCGCGAGUAAUGCUGCUCUAUGCCACCCAAACGGAGGCCAUAACCAUUCUGCGUGCUGCCGAGGAGAUGAAGCUCACUGGGGAGAACUAUGUGUGGGUGGUGAGUCAGUCGGUGAUUGAGAAGAAGGAUGCGCACUCGCAGUUCCCCGUGGGCAUGUUGGGGGUGCACUUUGACACCAGCAGCGCCGCUCUGAUGAACGAAAUAUCGAAUGCCAUCAAGAUCUACAGCUAUGGCGUGGAGGCGUAUCUAACCGAUCCGGCCAACAAGGAUCGUCGACUGACGACACAGUCGCUCUCCUGCGAGGACGAAGGACGCGGCCGCUGGGACAAUGGCGAGAUUUUUUUCAAGUAUUUGCGCAAUGUUUCUAUUGAGGGGGAUCUGAACAAGCCGAAUAUUGAGUUUACAGCCGAUGGGGAUUUGAAGUCGGCGGAACUUAAGAUCAUGAAUCUGCGACCGAGUGCGAACAACAAGAAUCUUGUUUGGGAGGAGAUUGGCGUUUGGAAGUCUUGGGAGACACAGAAACUUGAUAUACGCGAUAUAGCGUGGCCAGGUAACUCGCACGCUCCGCCUCAAGGUGUGCCCGAGAAAUUCCAUUUAAAGAUCACAUUCCUCGAGGAGGCACCCUAUAUCAAUCUGUCGCCCGCGGAUCCAGUGAGUGGCAAGUGCCUGAUGGACCGCGGUGUGCUCUGUCGAGUCGCAGCGGAUCACGAGAUGGCCGCCGACAUCGAUGUGGGCCAGGCACACCGCAACGAGUCCUUCUAUCAGUGCUGCAGCGGGUUCUGCAUUGAUCUGCUCGAAAAGUUUGCCGAGGAGCUGGGCUUCACCUACGAGCUGGUGCGGGUUGAAGAUGGUAAAUGGGGUACACUUGAGAAUGGUAAAUGGAAUGGUUUGAUCGCCGACUUGGUUAACCGCAAGACGGACAUGGUUCUCACCUCUCUCAUGAUCAACACCGAGCGCGAGGCGGUUGUCGAUUUCAGCGAGCCCUUUAUGGAAACGGGCAUUGCCAUUGUGGUCGCCAAGCGCACCGGCAUCAUAUCGCCCACGGCCUUUCUCGAGCCCUUUGACACGGCAUCCUGGAUGUUGGUGGGUAUCGUUGCAAUUCAGGCAGCCACCUUUAUGAUAUUCCUCUUCGAGUGGCUCUCGCCCAGCGGCUACGACAUGAAGCUCUAUCUGCAAAACACCAACGUCACUCCCUAUCGCUUCUCGCUCUUUCGCACCUAUUGGUUGGUCUGGGCUGUGCUCUUCCAAGCGGCCGUCCAUGUCGACUCGCCACGCGGUUUCACCUCGCGCUUCAUGACCAACGUUUGGGCUCUGUUCGCCGUCGUCUUUCUUGCCAUCUACACUGCCAACCUGGCCGCGUUCAUGAUAACCAGGGAAGAGUUUCAUGAGUUCAGCGGCUUGAACGACAGUCGACUGGUGCAUCCCUAUUCACAUAAGCCCUCGUUUAAGUUCGGCACCAUACCCUACAGCCACACGGACUCGACCAUACACAAAUACUUUAAGGACAUGCACUACUAUAUGAAGCAAUAUAACAAGACAAGCGUGGCGGAUGGGGUUGCGGCUGUGCUGAAUGGUAAUUUGGAUUCGUUUAUCUAUGACGGCACUGUGCUGGACUAUUUGGUGGCGCAGGACGAGGACUGUCGACUGAUGACUGUGGGCAGCUGGUAUGCGAUGACAGGUUAUGGCCUCGCAUUUAGCCGCAACUCCAAGUAUGUGCAAAUGUUCAACAAGCGGCUGCUGGAGUUUCGCGCCAAUGGCGAUUUGGAGCGACUGCGUCGCUACUGGAUGACGGGCACUUGUCGGCCGGGCAAGCAGGAGCACAAGUCGUCCGAUCCGCUGGCGCUGGAGCAGUUCUUGUCCGCAUUUCUGCUGCUCAUGGCGGGCAUUUUGCUGGCGGCGCUGCUGCUGCUCCUGGAGCAUGUUUAUUUCAAAUACAUACGCAAGCGUUUGGCCAAAAAGGAUGGCGGCCAUUGCUGCGCACUCAUCUCGCUCUCCAUGGGCAAGUCGCUGACCUUUCGCGGCGCCGUCUUCGAGGCAACGGAAAUACUCAAAAAGCAUCGCUGCAAUGAUCCCAUCUGCGAUACGCAUCUGUGGAAAGUGAAGCAUGAGCUGGACAUGUCGCGGCUGCGCGUGCGCCAGCUGGAGAAGGUAAUGGACAAACAUGGCAUCAAGGCGCCGCAAUUGAGAUUGGCUUCUUCCUCGGAUUUGCUCAAUCAUCAUCAUCUAAAGGAGCGGCCACCAUUGUUGGGCAAUCUUAGCUUGGCAGCCAGCGCUCAAGAUCUAUACAGGUGGUCUUAUAAAACGGAAAUUGCGGAAAUGGAAACGGUGCUCUGAAUUUAGCAAAAGAUUAAUAUUGGAACUGGCAACAACAACAACAACAACAAUUCAUUGCCAGCUUUAUACACUUAAGUCUAAACUAUACUUUAAUAAAAUCCAAUCAAGCAACAAAAGCAAACUCACAAACAACAACAACAAAAAACACUAGAGCAGCAAGUA